CCACACACGCCUGUUGCCUUCAGGUCCCGUGACGAAUUUACAUUGUAAGUUUACCCGACCAGGAAAGACUGAUGUUUCCUGCUUUUCUAAGCUGCAUCGCACAGGUAGCAACAGAACAUCACCACCCGGAACAUUUCGGACGGGUUUUGGGGGGGCGAAGGGUCCAAACACCAAAAAUAUUGGCUUGACCGCGGUUUUGGAGGAGCGCCGCCUGGAAACAGCGAAAGAUGCAUCGUUGACUCCCCGUCCCUGCGAGCAGGAACCGUCGGGGCGCCACCUCGCGACCUUUCCUCACCCUCCGCAAGAUGGAGGAACAAUCGGGCCUGCCUAACGUCAGCAUACCUUGUCACAACGAGCAGAGGGACAAGAAAAAGCGCUACACGGUUUAUAAAGUGAUCGUUAACGUGGGGCAGCAGGAGUGGUUUGUCUUCAGGCGAUACGCUGAGUUCGAUAAACUCUACAACACGUUAAAAAAACAGUUCCCAUCGCUGAAUUUGAAGAUUCCCGCCAAGAGGAUCUUCGGCGAUAACUUUGAACCCGAAUUCAUCAAGCAGAGACGAGCCGGCCUGCACGAGUUUAUCAAAGGCAUCGUAUCCAUUCCGGAGCUUUGCAACAACCCAGAUGUGAGGAGUUUCCUGCUCAUGGACAAAAAGCAAAACUUGCAGAGCUCCGACGCCUCCGAAGAUGAAGAUGACAAAAACAACUCAUCUUCCAGAAACAUUAACCUGGGACCGUCUGGAAACCCACACGCCAAACCCACAGACUUUGACUUUUUAAAAGUGGUCGGAAAGGGGAGUUUUGGAAAGGUGUUUCUGGCCAAGAGGAAGCUGGACGCUAAGUAUUAUGCCAUAAAGGUCCUACAGAAAAAGGUCAUCCUCAACAGAAAAGAGCAAAAACACAUCAUGGCCGAGCGCAACGUGCUGCUCAAGAAUGUGAAACAUCCCUUCCUGGUGGGCCUCCACUACUCCUUUCAGACCGCAGACAAGUUGUAUUUUGUCUUGGAUUUCGUCAACGGAGGGGAACUUUUCUUCCACCUUCAAAAGGAGCGCACCUUUGUAGAACCCCGGGCCAGGUUUUACAUUGCCGAAAUGGCCAGCGCACUCGGCUACCUGCACUCGCUCAACAUCGUUUACAGAGACCUGAAGCCUGAAAAUAUCCUGCUUGACCACGAAGGUCACAUCAUUUUGACGGACUUUGGCUUGUGCAAGGAAGGCAUUUCCCAGACGGACACCACCAGCACUUUUUGUGGCACACCCGAGUACUUGGCUCCAGAGGUGCUGAGGAAGCUGCCGUAUGACAACACAGUGGACUGGUGGUGUCUGGGUUCCGUGCUCUAUGAGAUGCUAUUUGGCUUGCCGCCAUUUUACAGCAGAGACACGCACGAGAUGUACGACAACAUUCUGAACAAGCCGCUGGUAAUACGCAGCAGCGCGUCUAACGCGGCCUGGUCGCUGCUGCUAGGCCUUCUGGAGAAAGACGGAGCGCUCAGGCUGGGAGCCAGGGACGACUUUAAUGAGAUCAAAACACACACCUUCUUCUCCCCCAUCAACUGGAAUGACCUUGAACAGAAGAAGAUCCCGCCCCCCUUUACGCCCAAUGUGAACUCUUUUUCUGACAUCUCGAAUUUUGACCCCGAGUUCACCGAGGAGAUGGUGCCCAACUCUGUGUGUUGGACCCAGGAUCACUCCAUUGUCAACGCCAGCGUGAUGGAGGCUGACGACGCCUUUGUGGGCUUCUCGUACGCCCCGCCCUCUGACGACUCAUUCCUAUAAUAUAUUCCCAACGGCCCACCUUAGUAACUUCUUAAAGGGAAGAAAAUGUCGCUUAUUCUAUAAAGCCAAAGGAAGCAGAUGGAACAGCACUUAAGAGAUUUUAUUGGGAACAAACUAUGAUGGAAAUAAAUUAUUUUCCCAUUAGUAUUUAUAUAAAUAUAUAUAACAUAUUCUAUUUUAAGAAAUAAGGGCAUUUAUUCAGUGUUGAUGUCACUUCAAAAAUUGUGCCUUAACUUUGUCUUGUCAAAAAAGAAAAAUGUCACUGGAACCUAAAGGACAAAAAUUGGACAGCAAAAUAUGUUUGUCACUAAUUCACUACUAAUGUAGACUUAUGUUAUUUCCAUGUAGUUGCUGUGUAACAAACGCCAUGUUUCGUAUUCCUGAACUCUAGACUCUAUGCUGUAGAAUUACUUGAGACCACAAGAAAGCAGAUUUUGCGUAUCACAUUUAUUUAAAUGUUAUUGUUUUGUUUUAUUUCAAAAAUGUCAAUAGGUUUAUGCUCCUGUACAUUAAUAAAAAAAAAAUCUU